AUGGCUGGACAAGAGAAACAAUGCGCGUCGGUGAGCGCAGUUCACGUGGAGCGGGAGUGGCUGCACGCAGCAAGUAAUGGAGAUGUCGAUCGAAUGAAGAUUCUACGCGAGCAACACCCCGAGCGGCUGGACCUCAAGCGGAAGAUCGGUGUUAGCUCGGCGGAAUCGGCUGAUGGAGAUGAACUGUUAAGGACCUCGAAUUUUUGCAGCUGGGACGGCUUCCACUUGAGCAUCAUUGGGGCCUCAGCGCUGCAUACAGCGACGUGGCAAGGAGACGAGAAGAUCAUGCAGUAUCUGCUCGAAGAAGGGCAGGACCCCGACUCGGCAGACGACUCGGGCAUGACUGCUGUGAUGCUCGCGGUCAUGCGCCAUAACCUGCAGGCGACUCGCUGCAUCUUCCGCGGCAGAGUGGCGAUCCAGCGCAACCUAGUGCUCGAUUGUCGGGAAGAGGACGCAGAGCGAUUGCAGUCUACACUCAGUCGUACCCAGCUCCUUCUGCGCUUCGGCGCUGAUCCGAACAAACGGUGCCAAGGCGGCAAGACGGCGCUGCACCAUGCAACUACGGACGAGACGUACGAGGUGGCUAAACUACUUGUCGAGAACGGGUCAGAUAUCGACGCGAAGGACGAGCUUCAUCUUCCAGACAAUGCCGGUGUUACCCCACUUGAGCUCAUGAUACGCACCGAGGACGUCAACAUUCUGCAAGUCAUGCUGAAUCACCACCAGCUCGUACCGACGCCCCAAGGGGAGGACUUUGCCGGGUCAGUUCUUAUGACUGCUGUCGACGAAGGCGCACUCUCGGUCGUGGAGUUUCUGCUGGAGGAAGGAUACGUCGAAAACGGCUAUCAGAACGUCAAGGGUGAGACGGCCAUGCAUCGAGCACUUUUGAAGCAGAAGCCUGAAGUCGCUGAGCUGCUGUGCGCGGUUGACGAACAAACCGAGCUAUUUGCUCUGCACACAGUGGAUGGAGAGUCGUGUUUCCACUACGCAGCACGGUAUUCGUCACCUGACGAGCUGCAGUUGCCGCUUGCAUGUUACCGUCGAUGGCAUGAUGAGAAGGCACUCGGAGGUGGUGGUGGUGCCGAAGAGUGUGAAGACACAACUAUGGCGAUACUCAACAACCUGAACUCGACCGGCAGUACGGCUCUGUUCCUAGCUGCCACGUCAACAACAUACUCACUUGACGAUCGCAACGCGAAGGCGGAGCUGCUCCUGGAUGCUGGAGCGAAGCUGCUUGGUCGCAGUCCGUUUCUCGAGUUGUCGUCCAGCUUGGUGCUCUCAACGGAAGUGCAGCAGUGCUCGAGUCUGUGGUUAACAGAAUGUGCGGGGCCGUCAUUACAACAUGUUACCAAGUUCUGCAUCAAGUACCUGGCGAUCAUCUCAGCGUCGGAAUAUACCCAGCUCGGGGUGAGCCAUGAAGUGCUGGGAGUGUUGCUGUCGUCGGGUUAUACUGUCGACACAGUGCCGUUGCUGAUAUUACUACCAUUUGAUCGGAGAGUGUCGCUGGCGUUGUUGGAGCACAUCGGUUUGUUCUGCAGACAGCAGAGCCACCUGCUCAUGAUAGCAUUGUACGAAGAGCUUGUUGCCGCGUGGACCGGAUUAAAGUAA